UUUGUCACCACCCCCACCACCGCGGUUCGGAUGGGUUCUGUCACCUGACUCGGCUCAAACAUGGCUGCGCUGAGAGCUCUCUUGCUUUGGGCGCCGGGAGCAGGAGGUACUCCGCGAAUGAGAACAUUGAGAAUGUGUUCGGCAUAACUCAUUUCUUUGUAUCUCCCUGCACUCCGUGCUGGGAAAAUGAAUCAUCCAUUUGGAAAAGAGGAAGCUGCUUCGCAGAAGCAGCUUUUUGGAUUUUUCUGUGAAUGCCUGCGGAGGGGAGAAUGGGAGCUGGCACAGGCAUGUGUACCUCAGCUACAGGAGGGACAAGGGGAUAUCCCAAAGAGGGUGGAAGACAUACUUCAGGCAUUGGUGGUGUGUCCAAAUCUGCUGAGAUGUGGGCAGGACAUCAACCCUCAAAGGUUAGCCUGGGUCUGGCUUCUUGUACUGGAGAAAUGGUUGGCCCGGGAAAAGAAGUUACUCCCAGUUGUUUUCCGGAGAAAGCUUGAGUUUCUUUUAUUGUCAGAAGACCUCCAAGGUGACAUUCCAGAGAACAUCCUCGAGGAGCUGUAUGAGACCUUAACACAGGGUGCAGUAGGCCCCAUGCCUGAUGGAAAUCCAAGGAGGGAGAGCUGUACUCCUCGUCUCAGCUCCGAAGCUAUCUCUGUGCUCUGGGAUCUCCUGAGGCAGUCUCCCCAGCCAGCACAGGCCCUGCUGGAGCUCCUGCUUGGGGAGGAUGACGGCACUGGCUUCUGUCACUGGCCUCUGCAGAAUGCACUGGUGGACCUCAUUCGAAAGGCAUUGAGGGCUUUGCAGGGCCCUGAUUCAGUGCCCCCUGGGGUAGUCGAUGCCAUCUAUGGAGCUCUGCGUACUCUGCGUUGCCCUGCAGAACCACUUGGGGUUGAGUUGCGUCUCCUGUGUGAGGAACUACUAGAGGCCUGCAGGACUGAGGGGAGUCCCCUGCGGGAGGAGCGGCUGCUCAGCUGCCUGCUGCACAAGGCCAGCCGGGGCCUGGUGUCCCUGUAUGGCCAUACCUAUGCAGAGAAGGUCACAGAAAAGCCACUGAGGGCUACAGCCUGGGGAAAAGUCUCACCAGAUCAUCUAGAUCCUGAGCGGGCAAUGCUAGCCCUGUUCUCCAAUCCCAACCCAGCCCAGGCUUGGAAAGUGGCCUAUUUCUACUGCCUGAGCAACAACAAACACUUCCUCGAGCAGAUUCUGGUAACAGCACUAACAUUGUUGAAAGAAGAAGACUUCCCAAAUCUUGGCUGCCUACUUGAUAGAGAAUUCAGGCCCCUUAGUUGCCUGCUCGUGCUCCUGGGCUGGACACACUGCCAGAGCCUAGAGUCAGCCAAGAGUCUGCUCCAGACCCUGCACAGGACCCAGGACCCAGGCUGUGAUGAGCUCCUCAGGGAUGCCUGUGAUGGGUUGUGGGCUCACCUGGAAGUCCUGGAGUGGUGCAUACAGCAGAGCAGCAACCCCAUACCAAAGAGAGAUCUGUUGUGUCAUUUACACGGUGGAGACAGCCACUCAGUGCUCUACACUCUCCAUCACCUUACAAACCUUCCAGCCCUCAGGGAGGAAGAUGUUCUCAAGCUCUUACAGAAAGUGCCAGCCAAGGACCCCCAGCAAGAGCCUGAUGCAGUUGAUGCUCCAGUCCCUGAGCACCUGAGCCAGUGUCAGAACCUGACACUCUACCAGGGCUUCUGUGCCAUGAAGUAUGCCAUCUAUGCACUCUGUGUAAACUCACACCAGCACUCCCAGUGCCAGGACUGCAAAGACAGCCUCUCUGAGGACCUGACCUCAGCUGCAGAGCCAGCGAAUGACUCUCUUUCCUCCCCAGGUGCUGCAAAUCCCUUCUCAACUUACCUAGCCAGGUGUCAACAGUAUCUGUGCAGUAUUCCUGACUCUUUGUGCCUGGAGCUUCUGGAAAACAUCUUCUCAUUGCUUCUCAUCACCUCUGCUGAUCUUCACCCAGAGCCUCAUUUGCCUGAGGACUAUGCUGAGGAUGAUGACAUUGAGGGGAAGAGCCCCUCAGAUUUGAGGUCCCCGUCAGAGAGCCCUCAGCACAUAGCACAUCCAGAAAGGAAGUCAGAGCGGGGUUCCCUGGGAGUCCCAAAGACCCUUGCUUAUACAAUGCCAAGCUGUGUGAAGGCAGAGCCAAAAGACAGUUACCCAGGGCCUCAUAGGCACAGCUUUUUGGACUUAAAACACUUUACUAGUGGUAUCAGUGGAUUUCUGGCUGAUGAAUUUGCAAUAGGGGCCUUCCUCAGGCUUCUCCAAGAACAACUGGAUGAGAUCAGUAGCCGCAUUCCCCCUGAGAAGCCAAAGCAAGAAGGUCAGAGCUGCUCAGGAAGCAGAGAUGGACUGCAGAGUCGCCUGCAUCGACUUUCCAAGGUUGUCUCUGAAGCCCAGUGGAGAUACAAAGUGGUAACAAGCAACCAUCAUUCAGAGGAGCAACCUUCCCGAAGAUACCGGCCUGCCACACGGCACCCCAGUGUCCGCCGGGGUCGUCGGACAAGAAGGAGCCAGGCAGAUGGCCGAGACAGAGGUUCCAACCCAUCCCUGGAAAGUACAAGUAGUGAGCUGAGCACAAGUACAUCAGAGGGAAGUCUGAGUGCCGUGUCUGGGCGGAAUGAGCUGGACAGCAGAUUGCACCCCCAUCCUCAAAGUUCACUCAUCCCCAUGAUGUUCUCCCCACCUGAGUCACUGCUGGCAUCCUGCAUCCUUCGUGGAAACUUUGCAGAAGCCCAUCAGGUGCUGUUCACGUUCAACCUGAAGUCCUCGCCCAGUUCAGGAGAACUGAUGUUCAUGGAGCGCUACCAGGAAGUGAUCCAAGAACUGGCCCAAGUAGAGCACAAGAUUGAAAACCAGAACUCAGAUGGGGGUAGCAACACCAUUCGGAGAACUGGCAGUGGCCGCUCAACUCUACAGGCCAUUGGCAGUGCUGCGGCAGCAGGAAUGGUGUUUUACUCUAUCUCUGACGUGACCGACAAGCUGCUCAGCACUUCUGGAGACCCCAUCCCCACGCUCCAGGAGGACUUUUGGAUAAGCACGACUCUAGUGGAGCCCACUGCUCCCCUGAGAGAGGUUCUGGAAGACCUCAGCCCCCCUGCCAUGGCUACAUUUGACCUAGCUUGCUCUCAGUGCCAGCUCUGGAAAACCUGCAAGCAGCUUUUGGAGACGGCUGAACGGCGUUUGAAUAGUAGCCUUGAAAGGCGGGGUCGACGGAUAGACCACGUACUCCUAAAUGCUGAUGGCAUUCGAGGUUUUCCAGUUGUUCUUCAGCAAAUCAGUAAGAUUCUCAAUUAUCUGCUUAUGUCAGCCAGUCAAACCAAAUCAGAGAGUGUGGAAGAAAAGGGAGGAGGCCCUCCACGGUGCAGCAUCACUGAACUGCUUCAGAUGUGCUGGCCCAGCCUAACCGAGGACUGUGUUGCCAGCCACACCACCCUCUCCCAGCAGCAAGAUCAGGUCCUUCAGUCACUGAGAGAGGCACUAGAGCUGCCAGAGCCCAGGACUCCUCCACUGUCUUCCCUGGUGGAGCAGGCAGCCCAGAAAGCUCCAGAGGCAGAGGCCCACCCUGUGCAGAUCCAGACUCAGCUCCUCCAGAAGAACCUGGGCAAACAGGCCCCAGCAGGCAGCAGACAGAUGGACUACUUGGGCACCUUCUUCAGUUACUGCAGCACCCUUGCUGCAGUUCUCCUUCAAAGUUUGAGCUCUGAGCCUGAUCAUGUGGAGGUCAAGGUAGGAAAUCCCUUUGUUCUGCUGCAACAGAGCUCUUCCCAACUGGUGUCACAUCUCCUGUUUGAAAGACAAGUUCCCCCAGAGAGACUGGCAGCCCUUCUGGCCCAAGAGAAUCUCAGCCUAAGUGUGCCGCAGGUCAUCGUCAGCUGCUGCUGUGAGCCCCUUGCUCUUUGCUCAUCCCGGCAAAGCCAACAGACCUCCUCCCUCCUGACUCGUCUGGGUACUCUGGCCCAGCUGCAUGCCUCCCACUGCCUAGAUGACCUCCCACUUUCUACACCGAGUUCCCCGAGGCCAACUGAGAACCCCACAUUGGAAAGAAAGCCCUAUUCCUCCCCAAGGGACUCAUCACUCCCAGCCCUCACCUCCUCUGCCUUGGCCUUUCUUAAGUCUCGCUCAAAGCUCCUAGCUACGGUGGCCUGCCUGGGGGCUUCCCCGAGGUUAAAGGUCAGCAAGCCCAGCUUGUCAUGGAAGGAACUUCGUGGCCGCAGGGAGGUGCCUCUGGCUGCAGAGCAGGUAGCCCGGGAGUGUGAGCGCCUUCUGGAACAAUUCCCUCUGCUUGAGGCCUUCCUUCUGGCUGCCUGGGAGCCCCUGCGGGAGUCCUCGCAGCAGGGGCAGAAUCUGGCAGUGAAUCUCUGUGGUUGGGCCCGUCUUUCUACCGUUCUCCUGGGCCUACAUUCUCCCAUUGCCCUAGAUGUACUGACUGAGGCUUUCGAGGAAUCCUUGGUGGCCAGAGAUUGGUCCCGGGCCCUUCAGCUCACUGAAGUGUACGGGCGAGAUGUGGACGAUUUGAGCAGCAUAAAGGAUGCGGUCCUGAGCUGUGCUGUGGCAUGUGACAAAGAAGGUUGGCAAUACCUGUUUCCUGUGAAGGAUGCAUCUCUGAGAAGUCGGCUGGCCCUACAGUUUGUGGACAGGUGGCCCCUGGAGUCAUGUCUGGAGAUUCUGGCCUACUGCAUUUCAGACACGGCUGUCCAAGAAGGACUAAAGUGUGAGCUACAGAGGAAGCUGGCGGAGCUGCAGGUGUAUCAGAAGAUUCUGGGUUUACAGUCUCCCCCCGUGUGGUGUGACUGGCAGACCUUGAGGAGCUGUUGUGUUGAGGACCCAUCAACUGUCAUGAACAUGAUUCUAGAAGCACAGGAGUAUGAGCUGUGUGAGGAGUGGGGCUGCCUGUACCCCAUUCCAAGAGAACAUUUAAUCAACCUUCAUCAAAAGCAUCUUCUCCAUCUUCUAGAAAGAAGAGAUCAUGACAAGGCUCUGCAACUCCUACAAAGAAUCCCUGACCCCACCAUGUGCCUUGAGGUGACAGAGCAAUCCCUUGACCAGCACACUAGCUUGGCCACUUCUCACUUCUUGGCCAACUACCUCACCACUCACUUCUAUGGACAACUGACUGCUGUCCGACACCGUGAAAUCCAGGCGCUGUAUGUGGGAUCCAAGAUUCUGCUGACCCUGCCUGAGCAGCACCGGGCCAGCUAUUCCCACUUGUCCUCUAACCCCCUGCUCAUGCUGGAGCAGCUGCUUAUGAACAUGAAGGUGGAUUGGGCCACUGUGGCUGUGCAGACUCUGCAGCAGCUGAUGGUUGGACAGGAGAUCGGCUUCACUAUGGAUGAGGUGGACUCACUGCUUUCCAGAUAUGCAGAGAAAGCCCUGGACUUCCCAUACCCUCAGAGGGAGAAACGAUCAGCAUUUUCCCUCUCUACAGAUUCUGUGAUUCACCUCCAAGAAAUUGUCCACCAGGCUGCAGAUCCCGAGACCCUCCCUAGAUCACCAUCGGCAGAGUUCUCUCCUGCUGCUCCUCCUGGUAUCUCCGGUGUACAUUCCCCUAGUCUAAAGGAAAGGAGUUUUCCACCAACCCAGCCCCCACAGGAAUUUGUGCCCCCAGCGACACCGCCUGCCAGGCACCAGUGGGUACCAGAUGAGACUGAAAGUAUCUGCAUGGUCUGCUGCAGGGAACACUUCACUAUGUUUAACAGGCGUCAUCAUUGUCGCCGCUGUGGCCGGCUAGUAUGCAGCUCCUGCUCCACUAAGAAAAUGGUGGUGGAAGGCUGCAGAGAGAACCCUGCUCGUGUGUGUGAUCAGUGCUAUAGUUACUGCAACAAAGAUGUACCAGAGGAGCCUUCAGGAAAACCAGAAGCUCUAGACAGCUCCAAGAGUGAAAGCCCUCCAUACUCGUUUGUGGUGAGAGUCCCCAAAGCAGAUGAGGUAGAAUGGAUUUUGGAUCUCAAAGAGGAGGAAAAUGAGCUGGUGCGAAGUGAAUUUUACUAUGAGCAGGCCCCCAGUGCCUCCUUAUGCAUUGCCAUCCUGAAUCUGCACCGGGACAGCAUUGCCUGUGGUCACCAGCUGAUUGAGCACUGCUGCAGGCUCUCCAAGGGCCUCACCAACCCGGAGGUGGAUGCUGGGCUGCUCACGGACAUCAUGAAGCAGCUGCUGUUCAGCGCCAAGAUGAUGUUCGUCAAAGCCGGCCAGAGCCAAGACUUGGCUCUUUGUGACAGCUACAUCAGCAAGGUAGACGUGCUGAAUAUUUUAGUUGCUGCUGCCUAUCGCCACGUGCCAUCUUUGAGUCAGAUCUUGCAGCCAGCCGCGGUAACCAGGCUAAGGAACCAGCUUUUGGAAGCCGAGUACUACCAACUGGGCGUUGAGGUCUCCACAAAGACUGGACUUGAUACCACCGGGGCGUGGCAUGCUUGGGGCAUGGCCUGCCUCAAAGCCGGAAACCUCACUGCUGCACGGGAGAAGUUCAGUCGCUGUCUGAAGCCUCCGUUUGACCUCAAUCAGCUGAAUCAUGGCUCAAGACUGGUGCAGGAUGUUGUCGAGUACCUGGAGUCCACAGUGAGGCCCCUCGUAUCCUUGCAAGAUGACGAUUACUUUGCCACCCUGAGGGAACUGGAAGCUACCCUUCGGACGCAGAGCCUUUCUCUGGCAGUGAUUCCUGAAGGGAAAAUCAUGAACAACACCUACUACCAGGAAUGCCUCUUCUACCUGCACAACUAUAGCACCAACCUGGCUAUCAUCAGCUUCUACGUGAGGCACAGCUGCCUGCGGGAAGCUCUUCUGCACCUUCUCAACAAGGAGAGUCCUCCAGAAGUUUUUAUAGAAGGAAUUUUCCAGCCAAGCUAUAAAAGUGGGAAGCUACACACUUUGGAGAACUUGCUAGAAUCCAUUGAUCCAACCUUGGAGAGCUGGGGAAAGUACUUGAUUGCUGCCUGCCAACAUUUACAGAAGAAGAACUACUACCACAUUCUGUACGAGCUGCAGCAGUUUAUGAAGGACCAAGUUCGGGCCGCCAUGACCUGUAUUCGGUUCUUCAGUCACAAAGCAAAGUCAUAUACAGAACUGGGAGAGAAGCUGUCAUGGCUACUUAAGGCCAAGGACCACCUGAAGAUCUACCUCCAAGAAACAUCCCGCAGCUCUGGAAGGAAGAAAACCACGUUCUUCAGAAAGAAGAUGACUGCAGCUGAUGUGUCAAGGCACAUGAACACACUUCAACUGCAGAUGGAAGUGACCAGGUUCUUGCAUCGGUGCGAAAGUGCUGGGACCUCUCAAAUCACCACUUUGCCUCUGCCAACCCUGUUUGGAAAUAACCACAUGAAAAUGGAUGUUGCCUGCAAGGUCAUGCUGGGAGGGAAAAAUGUAGAAGAUGGUUUUGGAAUUGCAUUCCGUGUUCUGCAGGACUUCCAGCUAGAUGCUGCCAUGACCUACUGCAGAGCUGCCCGCCAGUUGGUGGAGAAGGAGAAAUACAGUGAGAUCCGGCAACUGCUCAAGUGUGUCAGUGAGUCAGGCGUGGCAGCCAAAAGUGACGGGGACACCAUCCUCCUCAACUGCCUGGAAGCGUUCAAGAGAAUUCCACCCCAGGAGCUGGAGGGCCUGAUCCAGGCAAUACACAAUGAUGACAACAAGGUUCGGGCCUACCUGAUAUGUUGCAAGCUGCGUUCUGCCUACUUGAUUGCUGUGAAGCAAGAACACUCACGGGCCACAGCCCUCGUCCAGCAGGUGCAGCAGGCCGCCAAGAGCAGCGGGGACGCAGUAGUGCAAGACAUCUGUGCCCAGUGGCUUCUGACAAGCCACCCCCGGGGUGCCCAUGGCUCAGGCUCUAGGAAGUGACCUUGGGCAGCGGGGCCAGGAACACGUAACCUGAGAGCUGGGCAACAGCAGUGAUGGCGAUGCCCUCCACCUCUUCCUUCCUGUGGAGUGGAACUUCUCUGGCUCUGCCCUAGGUUGGAAAGAGCUGGAUUGAACCCUACUUGCCUUCCCGGGCAAGUAUAGGACUUUUCACGCAAGUGCCAUGUUUCUCUAAAAUUGUGGAAUCUAUGUGUGUUUGUCUGGAGAUGGCCAGUUCUUUCUACCUCAGAGUGAGUGAGUGUGUGUUCACACACGCGUGCAUGUUCCUGUGCACUGAUGUUUACGCCCAAGCAUUUCUGAACAAAUGAAACUCUUCUCCAUUGAAAAGAGGCACUUUACUUUAGACUUGCCACUCUGAAAACCUUCCCUGCGUUUUGGUUCUUGACCCGGGUUGUCCUGUUUGUACAGUCCCCUCCCUGUGGACGUGCUUUAGUAGCUCCUCUUACCUAGAGGACUUUUACAGAGAAUUAGAGCAACACCAAAAGGAUUGCCUCUUUUCCUUCCUUCCCAUUCCAAAAUUCAGAGAUGGCUUUGGGGCAAGUGCUACCUGUGGAAUAAACCUGUUUUCCAGGUGUCUCUUCUCCCAAGCACAAGAAGUCCUGGAGUCUUUGGAAGGUAGUCUGAAUAGAAGGGUUUUCCGGUGCAGGCAUCUGAAAGCUGUGGGUACAUUUAUAAAUGAUCAGAUCUGUGAGGCUAACAUGGGCAAGAGGGUCUCCAUCACAUUCAUCCAGAGGGGAAAGAAAGGCCACCAUCCAAACAGGGAUACAGGGGAGGCAGGUGGGGGGAGCGGUGCGGAGCGGGUGCUCACAAGCACAGAGCUGCCUCUUGUCAAUGUCCCUCCUGCAAAGUUGGUGGGUGAGAAAACGUGACUUUCUCUUUGAGGGUCUGGGGAGAGAAAUGGUGGCCAGGAUCGUAGGACUGAAUGACUCGAUUUUACCUAUUUGAGCUGCAGUCCUGUUCGAGCUGCUUGAAUUGGUUAGGAAGCUGCUUCCCUUUCCCUCCUGCUUCCAUUCAGUCUCUUCAGGACCACGGGAUGGAUAUGCAGACACGUGGGGUCAUUGGGAAGGGAGUGCGCUUCUUUUCUCUGUCUUAGAAGAGGGAGUCAAGGGUUGGCUUGGAAUUGGGCCUCUGGACAGAGUCAGAAUGAGGACAUAAUGAAUAGGUCACAUCUGGUUGGUGGAAAACUAGGUGAAGUGCUUCUUUAAUAUGCACUGGCUUGUCUUCCCACCCAAGAUGUGACAAUGUUUGAGAAAAGGUGUGUCAUACUCAGUGACUUCAAUUUGCAAAUGAGGGGCCUAAAGAAAGCUCUGCAGCUCUGAACCUCUCACUGGCCAGAGCUCAGCCUAUUGGUCCCACCCAUGAUGCUAAGACAAACAGAAACUGGAAGCUGAAGUCAGUGUCUUUGGUGCUUAGAAACCCUGUGGAUUUCCCUCUGAACCGAGAUUUUUAGUAGUAAAAUAAACAACUCAUGGACAUCUGUCAGAUGAGAAGUUUUGGUCCUGUUAGAGAGGAAAAAGACCGUAAGGAAACUAUUAGAUCCAUUUGGGCUAAAGUUUGGCUUUUCCUUCCUUGAGUCAUAGAACGUAUCCAUCUCCCAGGAAAUGUCCUUCUCUGGCAUCUGCUUGCCCUUCUGAGUCUGCCUUUUUUGCACUGAACAUAAGCACUUUAUACUAAUGGGUCACAAAUCUUGCAGCCCUUAAUUUGGGAUAAGACCAGAUUUUCCUGACAUUUUCCUCUAACUCAUUGAACUAUCAAAUUAUAGGUAACCACUGACUAGACUGAUAAGAGAUGAGGCUAAAAGCCUUUGAAUACCACGCUGUAGUCUCCAACAGAAAAACCACCAAAACAGAUAUCCAUGUUGAGGGGUUGAAUGUUUUACUACAAACAAGCCACAAUAAAGUGUGUAUCAACGUGU